AUGUCCAAAAUUAUUAACAAAAAGUUAGUGAUCAAAGAAAUCGAAAAAAUAGCUGUGCUUACAACAUCUUCGUCUCCAUCUAUUCUAUCAACAAAUAAUUUAUCGGAAUCGGAAAUAUUGAACGUAACAAAAGAAAUUGAGCUUUUCAGGGAAAAUAGCAUGGCAAAAAACAAGAGAAAGCAAUCAACCGAAUGCGAAAAGAAUCUAGAACAGCUAUUAAUGACCAAAGAUAGUGUAAGGAAAGAGGUUAAGUCAAAAAAAAGUCCCAUAAAAAAUUUCGAUGACUCCAUCAAUGAUCAAAUGGGACGGACUUUAACAUUGUCAUCCGUUCCAGCAACAGAUAUAUUAAAUGAAAACAAUCAUAAUUUAGCCGCAGCCACUUAUUUGGAUCAACAAAAAGCAUAA